AUGACUUCAAACAUGGACAGAGAUAUUUCAGCAUUCUUCAAAGAAGCUGCGAAACUCCGACAGAAACACCCUCAGCUGGACAUCACCAUGAUCGUACGACGGCCCGAUCAGAAGAUGCCGAUCGUCCACAAGGACAAUCCCACAUCCAACCCGAUCGAAAAGAAGAAGAGAAGUUUCGAAGCAGAACAAUGCUCGAUCUUGUCAUUCGUCGAAAGGAAGAAAGCGAAAAAAGACGGCGACGAUAUUUUUGCGAAGACGGAAGACAUGGAGGAAGAAGAUUUGAGCGUCCUGGAUUACGCGAACCCAUUCGACACUCAGAGUCAGUCACAGCAGCAAAGCCAACAGCAAGGACUCGAAAGCUUGGACUUCGCGAAUCCGUUCGAAGAUUCGCAGUCCCAGCAGAGCCAAGAUCUCUUCGCAAGGGACGAAUUGGACUUCGACGACUGA